AGUUGCAUAUUGAUAUUCAAAGAAGUAUCAUUACAAAAAUUUACAAUGUACUUCAAGGUACUUUCCCUGGCCGCAAUCGUCGCCGUGGCAUCAGCUCGGCCACAACACGAGCAGGACUCGCACGGCCACGCGUACUCGUCGCAGAGCAUCGUGCUGCACCAGAGUCACGAGCAGGCGCACCACGAGCCCGCUGGCGAACACCAGCAAUUAGUGCUGCUGCACCAGCCUGCGCAGCAGCAUCAGGAGGACCAACAUGUCGACUAUUAUGCUAUCCCCAAGUACACGUACGAGUACAAAGUGGAGGACCCUCACACGCAUGACAGCAAGUACCAGCACGAGACCCGCGACCACGACGUCGUCAAGGGAGUGUACAGCCUGCACCAGCCCGACGGCAGGAUCAGGAUCGUCAAAUACACAGCCGACAAACACAAUGGAUUCAACGCUGAAGUCCACUAUGAGGGCCAUGCCCAGCACAUCGCGCCUGAACAACCCCACCAUCAUUAAAAUGACUGAAUCUGUGAUAGCCAACGCUAGAUUAAGGAACUGUUGUGUUAUUUUGUUAUAAAUAUUAAAUAUGUAAAAUAUAAA